AUGUCAUUCAAUAUCCUUGAUUUGCCUGAUGAAAUACAAAUAAGAUUCCUAUCGUUUCUACCUCCACUCGAUUUAUUAUACAUGACAGCUGUAUGUCAAAAAUGGAAACGAUUGGCCAUGGAAGGAACGCUAUGGACAAGGAUCGAUGCAACAGAAUACUAUCGUUUUAUUCCUGCAAAUCAGUUGAUUAGGCUUGGGAUAGCUGGUGGUAAAUUCCUGCGAGUAGCCAAUUUCAGAGGUUGUAUUCAGCUGACAGGGCACGGGUUACGUACUUUAUCCGAGCAUUGUCCCAACGUUCAUGUUUUGGUCCUCAAGGAUUGUCGUGGUUUAUCAACACACAGCAUUGCCUGCUUUUUACAAGCGGCUCCUCAUAUUCGUACGCUUGAUCUAUCAGGACUUGACACUGUACGCAAUAGUACAUUACAACAUGUUGGACAACAUUUAUCGAAGCUUGAGACGCUCAACAUUGCAUGGUGUCGUAAUAUAUCAGGAUCAGGAGUACAAGCGAUUGCUCAGGGAUGUAAGCAUUUGAAGACGUUACGAGUGGAUGGUUGCCAGCAGCUUGAUACAAGCACGAUGGAUGUUUUGGGCAAGGAAUGCAAUCAACUCUCACGACUUGGGCUCAAUGCAUGUACCAGUCUCACGGAUGAUGCCUUGUUAUCAUUGCUACAACAUCGUCCGCCGCUUACACAUUUGGAUCUAUCGGGUUGUGCUCGGCUGUCGGAUACGACGUUACGUCAUUUAGCGUUGCAAUGCUUUCAUCUGACACAUCUUCAACUCGCUAGCUGUGUGCUCUUCACCGAUCAAGGCUUUUGUUUUUUGGCUCCUCGUUUACGUACCUUGGUCCAUUUGGAUUUGGAAGAUCUGCAACAGAUUACGGGUACCACCGUCAAGACAUUAGCAAAUCAUCAACCUUCGCUUGCUCGGCUUUGUCUAUCCAAUUGUGCACAAAUUGCCGAUGACGCCAUUCUUCAUCUCAUUGUACAUGGUCUUUGUCGUCACACUCUUGAUCAUCUCGAGCUCGAUAAUUGUGUCAUUACGGAUGAUACCCUUAACUCAAUUGCAUCUUAUUUACACAAAGGCAACAACACCAAAACAGCAGCACCACGCACGUUAAACAUUGACGUACUCGAUUGUGCAAAUAUUACAGAAAAGGGAAUACGCAAAGCGUUAUCCAAAGCAGGUCCCAGACUUUCUAUCAAGAGCUUUUAUUCAUGGAAGUGGGAAGAAGAGGAAGAAGAUGAUGGCAUUGCAUUGACAUUGAAUGAACAACCAAGGCUAUCUCGACGCAUGAGAGGCAUAGAUGGUGGAAUGAUAACAGAUCCAAUGAUGGCAGCAAGACAACGGCCAGGACGACGUGCCACUACUACUUCUACUAGAAGACAUACGACAGCAGGUCAACAUCAAUGUAUAAUUUUGUAA